AUGAGAGGAGGGGCUCCAAGCAAAGCUGCUCCACAAUCAGCUGUGCAUAAAAGCUGUGACAGAAACAAUGUGUGCUACAUCCGCAGUUUUGGUUAGAAUGUAAUUACUAACACCAGAAUGGAGCUUUUCAAGUGGCUGUUUGGUGUUGUGUUGAUUUGUGGUGUUUCUGCCAAGAACUACUGGAAGGUGCUGCCACUUCAGCAGGAAAACCAGCUUCCGCCUCCCUUUCAGAAGCUUCAGCAGCAGUCGAAGGUCCCUCCACCUGCAUCUCCUUUUGAUAAAUGUGACCUGGAAGAGGCUGAGAAGAUCUAUUGUGGGACUCCAGAUAUCACUGUUGACCAGUGUCAAGGCAUUAACUGCUGUUUUGAUGGGCGCCAGUGCUACUAUGGGAAAGCUGUAACUGUACAGUGUACCAAGGACGGGCAGUUUGUGGUGGUUGUGGCCAGAGAGGCCACUGUGCCACCCCUAGAUGUAAACUCAAUCAGCUUGCUUGAACCAAAUGAUGAUCUCUGUGGACCUGUUGAUGGCACAUCUGCCUUUGCCAUCUUUCAGUUCCCUGUGACAGCAUGUGGAACUACACUUACAAAUGAGGAGGGUUUUGUGGUCUAUGAGAACCACAUGGCGUCUUCAUAUGAGGUGGGAAUUGGACCCAAAGGGUCAAUCACCAGGGACAGCCAUUUUGAAUUAUUGUUCCAGUGUCGGUACUCUGGCACAACUGUGGAGGCUCUGGUCAUGGAGGUGAAUGCUGUUCCUCCACCAAUGUCUGUUGCUGCUGCAGGACCUCUCAGGGUGGAGCUCAGACUGGGCAAUGGCCAGUGUCUUUCCAAAGGCUGUGUUGAUGAGGUGGCAGCAUACAGCUCCUUCUACAGCUCAUCUGACUACCCAAUCACUAAGGUUCUGAGGGAACCUGUUUAUGUUGAGGUCCGUCUUCUGGGGAGAUCUGACCCAAACAUUAUUCUGAACCUGGAACACUGCUGGGCCACUUCAACCCCAAACCCUCAAAGUGUGCCACAGUGGGACCUUCUGGUUGAUGGAUGUCCCUACCGUGAUGACAGAUACCAGACCACAGUGAUUCAUUUGGAUGGCUCUACUGGGCUUGAAUAUCCCACUCACUACAAACGUUUCAUCAGCAAGAUGUUCACCUUUGUGGCUUCAGAUACCUAUACUCCUAAGAAAGAUAUGGUGUUCAUCCACUGUGCAACAACUGUGUGCUAUCCAACCAGCACAGACUCUUGUGAGCAACAAUGCCACAGGCAACGAAGAGCAGCAGUGGAGAAGGUCCCCUCAAGCCAGAGAGUCCUGGUUUCAAGUGGUGAAGUGAUCCUGUGUGAGGCCACUUCAUCUUAUCGGAAACCAUUAUCCACUUGAUGCCAUAAAAGCCUUUUUUUUUUUUCUUCUUUUUAAUAAAGCUGGCUAAAGGUCA